GAAUUAUUCAAAAGUUCUUGUUUCUCAUCCACAAGGUACACAGGACGUGUCGAUCACCGGGAAUUGGAAAUCGAAAUCACAUUGCGUUCACCUCAAAAGACCAAGGGUGCCGAGAAUUACACACAUCCACAAUCAGAUGUCGAUCACAAACGACCAAGAGAUGCCAUUACAGGGACAGCAAGAGGAGAUGGAAGGUGAACCGUAUACGGUGAAGAUUCUGUCGCCUAAAUACCUAGAUUUGUUUGUCGAGGCGGUUGCGGAAUUGAUGGAAGUUCUCCAGCAAAAGAUCCAUCAAUUUGAGCCGACGACUCGGCAGGUGGCUCGGGACCCAAUCGAGGUCUCGUCAGAGUUCGAAGGUAACGUGGAUCGAAUCAAGACGAUUCUCUUGCCAUCCAUCCCCGAGAAACUCCAUCGACUGUGUGAUACGUUAUCCGAUUCGAUCUAUCUCCAACAGCUCGAGGCUCCUCGACUUCGGAACGGAAUGAAAGUUCUGGAUGAAAUCGAAAGUACUGUCAAUCAAAUCUGCACUUUGAUGACCUCGUUUUGGGUACCCGAUCGACAUCACUUCUGUCCAUAUGACCAGUCCGACCGACAUACCGAACGAUUCAAACGGUAUAAAUGUGAACGCGUCCAAUCCAAACUCACUGAUGCGUUCACCAACCUGUUGGAGUUCCUUCGAUGUUAUUGUCAGAUUUCGAACCCUGACUCCCGUUGCGAGGCUUCAGCCUCAAACGUGUUCCUUAACCAAGUCUUCACUUGUAUCGAAGCUCAGGAGAUUUUAGUGGACCAACGCGGUCACGAGCCAGUUACCGCAUGA